AUGGAGAGCAUCUACGACGACAACUCUGAGGCACAAACCAGGUGGUGCCACAGAGUAAUGACUAGUAGCGAAAAAUUUUACGAGGACGAGUUUCUUAGGAUCCUCUCAGCCUCCUAUGACCUCAAGAAGUUUGCGAAUACGCUAACGUCAGAUUCAGAUAACUUGGUCGAAAUCAUCAGCGACGAAGCAGGCUUGGACCGCGUCAUGAGGAUCUUAGGAAUAUCAGACGAUAUCAACACGAUACUUUUCCAAACAAUCAUGGCCAGAUUCCCCGCGACUAUGACUCUUAAGAGCGGCAAAGCUUUGGCGUCACGACUCCUAGACGUUUGCAACAUUGACCAAAAGAACACGUUUUGCCAGACCACGUACCGUCACGCCCUUCUCUUGGCGCGUGACGAAAACGGUUGCAGCACACUCAAGAAAGCCAUAACAAUAGCUGAUGAUAUCUUAAAAUCUGAUUUCCUCGAGCUGAUCUCUCUCAAGGCUCACUUCCUAAGCGAGGACGAUUUAGGAAUCUCCUUAAUCCAACAUGUGCUUAACCUCGACUAUACACGGAAAGCCACAGAAGACGACACGCUCUUGCACGAGCUAUUCGCGGAGUUUGAUGAGAUUCUCCCGACAUGUGACACGGUGGAGCUUCUUAACCUUGCCUCGAAGCUGACGUCAGAUUCUCGUCUCUUUUUGGAGUUUGUCAAAACAAUAAGAGGCUUGCUCAUGGUUCAGAUCAUCCUUGGAAGAUCAGAAGAAGUCGACAGAGUGUUUUGGGAGGCCAUCAGGCGAGGCUACACCGAUCUUGCAAUCACUCAUCACGGUCAUCGCAUCAUGUUACGAACCAUAAACGUUUUCGAGAAAAGAGGAAACAAGAAUGUGUACGCGCAAAUCCUACGCCUAGUUGGAUACAACGCUUUCUACCUAUCCAAGCAACCUAUUAUGGGAAACGCCGCCGUACUGCACGCCAUUAAUAUACACAACCCGAACUGUACGGAAUUCAUCGCUUGUGGGCUUCAAUGCCACUACAUUGAGCUUUCUUUUCUGAAUAAUGGAAGCAACAUUGUGGAGAAGCUCCUCGGUGAAGUUGACCAAGAUUUCAUGCUGCCUUUGAUUUUUAUGGUGAUGGAGAUUGUCAACUGUGACGAAGAUACGUUGGUGAGAUUGGCCAAGGAUGAAUACGGGAAUCGGGUUUUGGAAAAGACUCUACAUGUGGCAGAUUAUCAUCAUUUGUAUGAUUUGGUAGAUGAUAUUGUCGACAAGUUGGAGCCUCUUCUUGAUACCUUGCGUGGGUCACGCGGAGAAAACAUUGCAGCUCUCGUCAUCCAGGUCCUCGGGUCUGACUCAGAUCAGUCAGACAAGUCUGAGUCAGACCAAUCAGACCAGUUUGAGUCAGACCAAGACCAAGACUGGUCUUACUUGGACAGGUUUCGACAGCAUUCAAGAUCCACAUGGCAUAACAAUNUAGCUGGUCAGGAUGGCAACUUCCAAGUCUUCCCCUUGGCUGUUGCUGUUGUAGAUGCAGAGAAUAAUGAGUCUUGGGGGUGGUUUUUCAACAAGUUGAAAAGUUGCUUCACUGAGGAUUUCCCACUGGUCAUAGUCUCUGAUAGACACCCAGCUAUCGCCAAUGCAAUUGAAAGUGUCCUGCCAUGGGCAACAAGAGGUAUAUGCUACUAUCAUAUGCAAAAUAACAUAAUUGGAACUUACCACGCGAAAGAAAUCAUGUAUAUGGUCAAAGGUGCUGCAUAUGCGCACACGGUGGACACUUACAACUGGUAUAUGGAUCAAAUACGAGCUGCAAAACCGGCGCUUGCAACGUACUUGGAGGGAGCCGAUCCGAGCUUGUGGUCACGAGUUCACUGCCCAGGAGAAAGAUACAACCUAAAGACUAGCAAUAUCGCGGAGUCGAUUAACGCCAUGGUGAAGAAAGCCAAAGAUUUUCCAAUACCUUUUCUCUUAGAGUUUAUCAGAGAGAGGUUGAGCCACUGGUUCCUCAAGAGGCGUGAAAAUGCUCUAGGUCUCACCACCGAUCAUAGCAAAGGAGUUGAAUACUUGUUGUCUAUUCGUGAGUACUAUGCAGGUUUUAUGGACGUGGAGCGCAUAGAUGAUUGGCAUUUCCAAGUUAAGUCUACAUCAGGAUACUAUAACGUCGAUCUUGAGCUCCGAACGUGCUCUUGUGGUGUGUUUGAUAUUGAAAAGAUACCAUGUUCGCACGUCAUUGCUGCAAUUACAAUGGCUGGAUUGUCAGUCUCCGAUUAUGUGAGUCCGGCUUACAAGAGGAACACCUGUCACUCAACGUACGCGCAUCCACUUUUUCCUCCUCCUUCCAGAUUCUCCUCCGUGAAGAAGGAACGUUGCCGUCCUCCUAAAGAAAAACCCACUCCUGGUAGGAAAAAGAAAUCUAGGUGGCAAAGCUGGUUAGAAAUGGCAAGAAAGAGGAAGCAUAAACCGAGGAAGAUGCCAAAAGCGUACACAUGCUCUAAGUGUAGAUUACCAGGUCAUACUCGUCCAAAAUGCACUGCUGACGACUGA